AUGUCGACCUUUAACGGAGUUGUAGAAGAAUUUCCAUACAUUCAGAUCGACUAUUUUCGAAAGAGCGAUGACCGGCGUGCACCACUUGCAUGCUUUCUGACCCAUGUUCACACCGACCAUUUGCAAGGCCUCGAGUCCUUCCGCUCGCCAUUCAUCUACUGUUCCCCGGUGACUCGCGAGAUCUUGCUAGGAAUGGAAAAACAGCCCGCGCGAGUCAAUUAUGAGAGAAGUACCCUCGAGUUCCGUCAGAGGACGUACCGUCACCUCUCAUCGCUCCUGCGUCCGAUUCCCCUGAACACGCCUACAGUGAUUGAACCGAAACCUGGUCAUCACAUUCGGGUGACUCUGAUCGAUGCCAAUCACUGUCCUGGCAGUGUGAUGUUCCUUAUCGAGGGCGAUGGCAAGACGAUCCUUUACACCGGCGACAUACGGGCGGAGAAAUGGUGGGUUGACAGCCUUGUGCGAAAUCCCAUUCUGAUCCCCUUCACGAUGGGUGGUGAGCGUCUUGAUAAAGUCUACUUGGACACGACUUACGUUCGGUCUGUUGGUCGGCCGCUUGACAAUUUCCCAUCCAAGGCUGAAGCUAUUGCGGAUCUUCUGGAUAUCGUGAGUCGCUAUCCAAGCGACACAGUUUUCCACUUCGAGGCCUGGACGUUUGGAUACGAGGAAGCCUGGCUCGCACUCGCCACAUCUUUGGAUACAAAUGUGCACACUUCCCUGUACCUGAUGGGUCUUUUCCAAUGUCUUACAAAUUCAAGACUUCAUGAGGGAGCGGCCCACGCUGGUUACCGUCUGGGAAAUGAAAUCCACCCUGGAUGCAUGUCCUUGUCCCGCGAGGGAUGCCGUAUCCACCUUUGUGAGCCUCCCUGCGAAUUUGCCACGGGACCAGAAGUCAUUUCCAUCCGACCUGUUCUCAAGCGCCUCAAUAACGAUCUUUGUGCCUCGAUACCUGACGUGGGUGCCGGGGGUGGCGCGGGAGACGUGCACCUGCACCGCGAGAUCCAGUUCUCGAACGAGACCGAGGCCCACAAUUUUGUUGAAGCUUGCUUGGGCCGAAUCACCGACCAAGUCGUGACCGAUGACAUCAAAGACAAGAUGAGAGAAAGACUUCUCGCCGAUGUCGAGGUCGAUGGGGGUAAAAUCACCCUCAACAAGUUCGGUGUGAUGCUCUGGGGCACAGAUAUGGAAAGAGACCUCGCCGAGGUUGCCGACUCUCUUGUUGAGCAGGUCUACUUGUGCGAGGUCAAUCAGGUCAAGGAUGACAUGGCCAUUCAUCCCUCAAGUGGUGUUCCCAAGCGCUCCGUGAUCCACUUUCCCUACGCAAGACAUUCUUCCUACUCGGAGCUCUGUGACUUCCUUUCGGUCUUCAGGGUGCAGGCCAUUCAUGCUUGCGUCAUCGACAAGUCGGACUCGUGGUCGAGCCACGAGCUUGUCCAAAAGUUCUUUGGCUUUGUGCUGGAUUGGGAUUUCCGUACCCAGCUCUCCAUGACAGAGCGUAGAGAACAGGUCAAGACGCAGCAAGAUGCUUGGGUCGCUCGGAUGUUUGCUGAGGAAGAAGACUCUUCUCCGCAUGGCAUAUUGGUCCCCGAGGUUCCACAGAGAUACGUGGACUAUGUCAGCACGAGCAGCGAUGAGGACAUGGAGCCUGAGUUUGGCUUAGAGGAGAGCGAGCCGUAUGAGUCCGACUCGCAGGAGGAGUUGUCUGAUUUCGAUGGUGAGGAAACAAUUGGACCUCACGAGGGUACUAUCAUCGAGAUCCGUGAUGAAGAUAGACUCCGCGAUGUCCUUCCUAGAGAAGUGACGGGUGAACUCGGCCGUACCCAUUUCUCCGUGCAAUUGUUCGACAUCAUCCUGGAUCCGGAUGAUGUCAUGGCCCUGGAUUCCGAGCCUGAGGACGAUACCUUCGGAUUCAACGGAGCAGGCUUCGGGUAUGAUGGCGCAGGCUCCGGAUACGGUAAUGCGGAAUUCGGACUCGACGGAGCCUGCUCGCCGCGUCGAUCAAAGCACCGCGAAUCCAACACGCAGGAGGAAGAGGAGGACGGUGCAGAGGAGAAGGAGGGUGAAAAGAAGGAUGGCAAGGGCAACGAGCAGGAAGAGGGGCCCGACGAUGAUGAGGAUGAGGAUGAGGACGCGGACGACGAGGAGGAUGACGAGGACUUGACAGACGACGCCUGCGCCAUUCCACUGUGGGCCCUUGGUCUGAACUCUGCCAGGGCGAUGGGCCUGAUGCGAACUUCUCUGGCCAGACGGGAGUCAGUCCCCGACUCCGUGAUUCUGUCCCUGGCCGUGCCGGGCACCACGGGGCUCACCGAGGAGCGUCUCCAAACGCUCAACCGCGUCCGCUCCUUGGAAAUGACCGUGUCCGAGCGUAGACGUGCUCGUGUGGCGGCGUGGGUUGCCGAUUGUGCGGCCCUCCAGGAAGAGGAGGCCGCCCUCCGUCUCACCUUGGGUCCUGAGCACCAGGAUGGGUCGGAAGCGGAGGAGGAGGAGAAAUGCGAGUGA